UUAAGGCGUUGUUAACAUACAAUUAGAUAGCCAUAUAGUCUUAUGACUUGAUAUCUCUGAGGACAGUCUUUCAGUAUUUGCUCAAGUGUUGAAAUGGAGGCGAAAGUGAUAUGUUUUCUCAUGAUUGGAGUAAUAAUUGGAACUGUUAAUUGUAUGACCAGAGCGCAAUUGAAGAAUUCGGGGAAAAUGUUCAGAAAAAACUGCCUGGCCAAGGUCAAAGUAGAGGAAGAAUUAAUCGCUGACAUAGAAAAAGGGAAGUUUAUAGAAGACAAAGACGUCAUGUGUUAUAUAGCUUGUGUUUAUCAAAUGACUCAAAUUGUAAAAAACAACAAGUUAAGUUACGAAGCGGCUAUCAAACAGAUUGACCUCAUGUAUCCGGCAGAUAUGAAGGAGUCUGUCAAGAAAUCUGUGGAUAAAUGCAAAGAUAUUUCUAAGAAAUAUAAGGACUUGUGCGAGGCUUCAUUCUACACAGCCAAGUGCAUUUAUGAAGAUAACCCAAAGGAUUUCAUAUUUGCAUAAAAACAAGGGUAGUUAAGUUGAUAGUCCACCGAUAUUUCUAUUUUAUAUAGCUAAGUUAGUAUAGUUUGCAAUAGACGUGCAGCUUUAUAUUAAUUCAUUUUUAUUAACUUUUGGACCUGAAUAAAGUCCAUAUAUUUAAUUAAAUUGUAUUUUAAUAUUGUAAAAAAAUAUACUUCUUAUAAAUACACGAUGACAUCAUAAUAAAAUUGAGUUAGCAAAAAACUAAAUUGUGCAUUUUGAUACAUAUCUUAGUCUUAUCUUGAUUUGAUCAAUAUUUAAAUUAAUGCAUAUUAAUAUUUAAUUAGGAUUAUGUUUAGAGCUGUUUAAAAAUAGAUUAUUUUAAUGUAAUUGUUGUAAAAUUUAUGUACUUAGUUAUUGUGUACACUACAAUUUCAACAUUUUGUUGCAUAGAAUCAUUAAAAAAUACUACCUAGUUGAAAACAAUACUUCUUCUUAUGGGAAGUCGGUUAAAACACAUAAAACAAAGUCUAUGCAGCUUCGAGCAAGGUAAUUACCUCAAAAUGCGCCAGUCACGCUUCCUCUCUUUGAGUACUACCUAGACAUUUGUUAUAAUUACUAAGUAGUAGAAUAAACACCUUAUCUUGAUAAAACACUAAUUGAAAUCUUCUGUAUUUUCUUGCACAACAAUGUCAAAGGUUUGACUAAGUAUUUGUUUUUACAAAUUGAUACAAAAUUAUGUACACGUAAUUUGCAUGUAUUUAAACAUUAAAAUAAAUAUUAAUUACAGUUGUUACAGUAUUUUCAUUUGUUUUUCGGAUAUGGCCACAAAUUUUCUGUGUUUGGGAAAGUAGAUCGAUCGUUUCGGAUAUUCCCUCGCAGCAGCGCCCGGAACAAUCGGUCUAUUUGAAUUAUUAGUCUUUUGUCUCAAUAAUAUGUAAUUUUCUUCCAAUUCGACUACUUUUAUUUCCGUAACGUACUUUUUGCGUACUUUUUAAAUAGACCUUUCGUUAUAAAUCGACUAAAUUAAGUAUAUGUAUGUGCCUCGGCCCUGGUUGAUGAAGUAAUGAAUAAACAAACAUACC